CUCCUCCUCCUCCUCCUCCUUCUUCCUCUCCUUGCUGCUGCUGCUGUUGGGCAUCCCUCCUUCCCUGCUGCCAGGCUCCUUCAUGGUGAGACUCCGGUGCCUGCUCUUCUGGGCGCUGGUCUACGCUUACUGCGGGCUCUGCGCCUGCCUCCAGCUCCUGAAACUUUUGUGGAGCCUGGGCACAAAGCCAGGCAGCACCUUCCACUGGCUGGUCCGGGAAAACCCCCCCGGAUGCCUCGGGGACCCCUCCCUCGGCACCCACUGCUACGUGCGCCUCAAGGAUGCUGGGUUAAGAUUCCACUAUGUGGCUGCUGGAGAAAGGGGUAAACCACUUAUGCUGCUCCUUCACGGCUUUCCAGAGUUCUGGUACUCCUGGCGUCAUCAAAUGCGGGAAUUCAAGAGUGAAUACCGAGUUGUGGCCUUGGAUUUGAGAGGUUAUGGAGAAACAGAUGCACCUUCUCACCGUGAGAAUUACAAGCUCGAUUGCCUGAUUACAGAUAUAAAGGAUAUCUUGGAAUCUCUUGGAUACAGCAAAUGUGUGCUGAUUGGUCACGACUGGGGUGGAAUGAUUGCUUGGCUAGCCGCUAUUUGUUACCCAGAAAUGGUAACAAAGCUGAUUGUUAUUAAUUUUCCACACCCUUCUGUUUUCACAGAAUACAUUCUGCAACAUCCAUCACAAAUGAUUAAAUCUGCCUACUAUUACUUCUUCCAAAUGCCAUGGUUUCCAGAACUUAUGUUGACAAUAAAUGAUUUUAAGACUUUGAAAAACCUUUUUACGAGCCAGUCCAGUGGAAUUGGAAAGAAAGGUUGUAGGCUAACAACAGAAGAUAUGGAAGCUUAUCUGUAUGUAUUCUCCCAACCCGGAGCAUUAACUGGUCCUAUAAAUCAUUACAGAAACCUUUUCAGCUGCCUGCCUCUGCACCACCAUGAGGUCACCAUGCCUACUCUGCUACUCUGGGGAGAAAGGGAUCCCUUUAUGGACGUUGAGAUGGCAGAAAUCACAAGGAUGUAUGUUAAAAAUCAGUUUAGACUAACUAUUCUGUCUGAAGCCAGCCACUGGCUCCAAGAGGAUCAGCCUGACGUCGUGAACAAGUUGAUAUGGACUUUUCUAAAAGAAGAGUCAAGAAAACGAGAGUAACUUUUAUUGCCAGCACAAUCUAAAUGUUAAAAGCUCAAGGUUAAUUGUGAUCAGGCCAAAUUUGCAGCAAACCUUAGGCUGAGCUCUGCUAGAGAAAAUGUUUUCAAUGUACUGUAUGUAUUGAUGCCAAUGUUAUUGCAAGAAGGUGGUGUAAGACUACGUAACAGUAAUGUUGGUUUUACUUGUAUUCUGUAUUUUGCACAUGAAACACUUGCCUUAAAAUGUUUGUGCUUGUACAAUAAGGAAUCCAUAGAAAGUUGCUUAGUUUUGGUUACGCACUUGCUUUAAGAUUCUAAUGUGUGGUGCCUUUUACACAUUUAUAACGAUGAAUUAGUGCAGGGGUACCAGAAUGAAAAGAUAUUAUUAUUGGUAUGAUGAUCAAUUUUCAUUCUACUGGUUGGAAUUUUUUUUACUAUAUUUUUACCAUUAAAAAUGUUAAGAGAUCUUUUGGUCUAUAUAUUACUGUACAGAUCUAAAGAAAACAAAAUGUAUCUGGGCACAUUUGAAAUCAUAAAACAACAAAUCAAAAAUAAUUGUAAUAAGUUGAUAGUUGCUUGUGCGGUAGUAUAAAUUGAAAAAAAAAAUCUAGGAUGUAUACUCACAGUGUUUCAGAAACUAAAAUAGAGUAUGAUGAACUCUGGUCAUGACUGUGUAUCCUAGUAUUUGCAAUGUUCUAAUAAACUGCAACUGGUGUGGUGCCCUGUA